UCCGUCCGUUGAUUCUAUUGCCACAGUAUUGCUAGGUAAUGUGGACAUACAUAUUCUGACGCUGCCAUAACAAAAUGUUCUUUUCAUUGUUAGUACCUUAUAUAGAAGGUGGAAAUGGCUAGAGGUAUAGCGUCCCCGUACAUUUGCGCUCGAUGCGCUCAUGCGCUACUUGCCCGAAACACCCAAAUCCCCGCGAUUAACCAAUGGAAAAGUUAUGCAACCAAGUCUACUCAUUCUCCAGCUAGCAGCAACCCCGGCCGCCAAUCUGAGAAUACAGCCGAUGAAGAAACUAACCCUGAGCCGGGUCCUAUGACCCGCCGUCUACAAGAGGCUACGGAGGAGGCGUUGCUUACGGGAGGGAGAGCCGGUCGACGAUCGGUGGAAGAUGCCGGUUUCUCAGACGAAUUAAAAGAACGUCUUCUCGCGAGAGUUAAAGAUGCCGAGUUUCGAUCCGAACACGCCGCAGCUUUCGCCGAAGCCGGCAUGCCAUCUGCUGCUGGCGUGGGUACCCGUCUCGCGGCAACAAGUCAGCCAUGGACAGGUACUGAAGCUACUGAAGACGCCGUUUUACGGAUGCUUGAUGACGCACAUAAGCCUCUGAAUAAAGAUUUACGAGGCCGUCCAAAAAUACCCGACCUCCAACCGAUCGACAUGCGAAUUAGACAGGAACCAAAGAUGAAGGCCGGGCACAGGGCUGCCAACGCCAGGGAUAAGGCUUCUGCAUACACAGGCAUGGGUAUGAAAGAGGCACAAAAUGGACUCAGUGAAAAAGAGAGAGAGGCGAUGAGGAAGGAAUUCCGCGAUCGCUUUAGACCCGCUGCCCGAGCACUACCGAAUACCUUGACAGGACUAGCUUCGUUAGCAAACGAGAGAAUUGAAGAUGCCAUCGCGAGAGGACAGUUCAAGAACAUCCCAAGAGGCAAGGGAGUUGAACGAGAUACGAGAAGUGACAAUCCGUUCAUAGAUACGACCGAGUACAUUAUGAACAAGAUGAUCAAGCGUCAAGAGAUAGUACCGCCGUGGAUUGAGAAGCAGCAAGAAUUAUCGAAAGCCGCGCACGUGUUCCGGGCUCGGUUGCGAAAUGAUUGGAGACGUCACGCUGCCCGUAUGAUCGCAAGUAAGGGCGGCUCACUCGAAGAUCAGAUGAAUCGGGCAAGGCAAUACGCGAAAGUCGAAGUAAUACACAACCCGCGAAAGCGCAACGUCGACCAGAUAGCAGUACCUACGAAUUCGACAGACGAUCCAGUCAUGGCCAAAAUGAGGCAACAAGCGUCCUUGGAAACGAAUCCCGAACCGGCGCCGGAGACUGCUGCUAGUGCGGCGGCAACUCAGGAGAUUUCAUUGCCACCCUUCCGAGAUCCCGAUUGGUUGGCCACGGAAAAGUCUUACAUGGACCUCUCCAUUAGCCAUCUGAACACUCUUACGCGAUCCUAUAAUUUGAUGGCACCUGAUCUCGCAAAGAAGCCGUAUUUCUCACUUGAACGAGAGUUAAAUAACUGCUAUGCGGAUGUUGCGCCGCAACUUGCAGAUGAAAUAAAGGACAGGGCCAGUAGCUCGGCGAGAUCCCUAUCAGGCGGGGUUGGAAAUACCCCUAGCAAUAUCUUAGAUCGCUUUGGGAACGGCGGACAUACUGCAAAGGUAUACGACUCGAAAGCACCCCAUUACGGAUUCAAGGAGAUGUGGCGAGAUCUCUGGAAUCGUCAAGCCAGUUAGAAGUUUUUGUCUAUCCUUUUGUAGCAUUAUGUAGCUAAGAUAUAACCACUCGACUAUCGCCUCUAGGAAAUCGCUUAUAACUAGAAUCCCAGCCUAUAGUUGCAUAUUCUCGAAACGCGCUUACACGUU